AAAAAAAAAAGCGAUUUUUCUCCCUUUCCUCGUCUCUCCAAAGAAACAGAUUUGAAUUUCUUUUAUUAUUCCGUUUCUUUCUUUCUUUCUUUCGAUUUCUUGGGGAGGGAUGGGGGUGAAAAAUCUGUGGGAUAUCUUGGAAUCCUGCAAGAAAACCCUCCCCCUUCACCAUCUCCAGAACAAGAGGCUGUGCGUGGAUCUCUCUUGCUGGCUGAUCCAAUUCCAGAACGCCCGCCGGUCGCCGGCCCGCGCGAAGGAGAAGCUCUACCUCAGAAAUCUUUUCCACAGGCUCCGAGCCCUGAUCGCCUUGAACUGUAGCCUUAUUUUCGUUACAGAUGGAUCGAUUCCUUCCAUUAAAUUGUCCACUUAUAGACGGCGAUUGGGUUUUGGUUCCGAGGUUGCUCGAGAGGAUGGAAAUUCACAAACAAUGCCAUCACUUCGUAGAAACAUGGGUUCUGAAUUCUCAUGUAUGAUAAAAGAAGCAAAAGUUCUCGGAAUGGCACUUGGUAUUCCUUGCCUAGAUGGGCUAGAGGAAGCAGAAGCACAGUGUGCAUUGUUGAAUUCAGCAUCCUUAUGUGAUGGGUGUUUCAGUUCAGAUUCGGAUAUUUUCCUUUUUGGAGCUAGGACAGUUUAUAGAGAGAUUAUCCUAGGGGAGGGUGGCUACGUAGUUUGCUAUGAGAUGGAAGAUAUAGAGAAAAAUCUUGGAUUUGGAAGGAAUUCACUGAUUUCUUUGGCUCUUCUUCUUGGCAGUGACUACUCUCAGGGAGUUCGUGGAUUUGGGCCGGAAACAGCAUGCCGGAUUGUUAAAUCAAUAGGCAAUGAUACUAUUCUGUGCCAGAUUGUGUCUGAGGGAUUAACAAUGGCAAAAAAGUAUAAAGGGAAGAAAAAUACAGGGAAAGUUCUCAGCUUUGAUGUGAAUAAGGAGAAUGAUCCAUGCCUGAGGCAACAUAAUUGUGCAAAUGGGAAGAAUCUAGAAUUUCACGAUCAGUUUCUGGAAGUCAUAAAUGCAUAUCUGAAGCCAAAAUGUCAUUCACCAGAUUCAGAGGCUGUACUGAGGGUGUGCACGCAACAUCGCUUUCUACGGGCACAACUUCAACAGAUAUGUGAACGGUAUUUUGGUUGGAAUUCUGAUAAAACAGAUCAAUAUAUCCUUCCCAAGAUCGCUGAGAGAGAUCUUAGGCGGUUUGCUAAUCUACGUUCCACAUCAUCAAAACUGGGAGUCAGGAUUCCCUUGGAUGAGAUACCAGUUUCUUGCCCCGUAUCUGCUAUAGUAAAGCAGAGAAAAGUGCAGGGAAGAGAAUGCUAUGAGGUUUCCUGGCACAACAUAGAUGGGCUCAAAACUUCCAUAGUCCCUGCUGAUCUAAUUGAAAGUGCCUGCCUGGAGAAGAUAGCUGAAUUCAUAGAGAAGAAAGGUGAAGGAAAAAAGCAGAGCAGAAGACCAAGGCCAAGGAAAUCAACCAAAGCUACUCUUGGUGAAGUUGAUACCCAGCUACAAGGCCUGUUGCUCAGCGUUGAAUUGCAAAGCAAUUACCUCUCUGAUAUAACCAACCGUUGCCAGCCAAUUGAUGCAAACAGUGUAGAACCUGAGGUCAUUGAUCUGUCCACCCCUUCACCACCUCACCGUGGAUGUGAAGCUGCAAAGUGUCGGACGGUUAUUGACCAGCAUGUGGAUGCGAUUAAUGUGUCCGAGUCAGAAAAUGAUUUGUCACCUGAACAUGAGAAGAAGGCAAGAGAGUUGAGAUUGUUUAUGGACAGUAUUAGGGGAGAUCUUGAUUAGAGUAACCAUAAAAUACAGUGUGAAAUAUUUAUUGUUGUAGUGGGACAGCAUUGGUUUCAGCUGCAUAGUUCUGCAGCUCAAUAUAAAAUUAGGCUGUUGAAACUUUUGGUCGUUUCUGGAUAUAAUCUGAUCCAUUAGGCUGAAUCCAUGCACUGUAUGAGUGUAUGGUGAUGUUUAUGAAUGAAUUUAUUGCUGUACGUUGAGAUAUA